CACUGAGGCAUCAUAAAACAUUGUGCCAGGACUGUCGCCGAAUCGGGUGCUCACGCGUCACGCUAAUCGCCUGGUCAUGUGACCAUCGCGCUAAGCUCCUACUGUGUACCUCCGUACCCCAAUCUAGCUCUAUGCAGGCACCCUUUCACGCCUCUAAGGAAACCCUAGACUAUGAAACUCGCCUCUUGAAGUUGCGACACUAGAUCCUGCAACUAUGAAGCCCGUAGCAUCCCCUCCCCACCUCUCAGCUUCCGAAUUUCACACCGCUUGCACAACUCUGGUCGACUCCUUCAAUGCGCUUCGAGAUACUUCCACGAAGCAAAGAUGGUUAGACAUCAGCUUCGAUCCAGACGAAAACAAUUUACGCAUAAGCAAGGAGCUCACCGUCACCAGAACGUCCCACCAAGAACAUGAUCCCCAUGACGACCCCGAAAUUGACGACGACGAUGACGAGAGGAUUACAAGCACAGCAAACAGCACCCCACUAAUACACUACGACGUCCUCUUCUCCCCAUCCUACAGUGUACCAGUACUCUACUUCUACGUCUCCGACACGUUGCACCGCUAUCCGCCGACUAUGGACACGCUGUACUUAGAUAUCAUUGCUCGAGAGUACGUUGAUCAAACGAAAGACGCGGGCGUCCUGGGAGGCAUUACCGUUACUGACCACCCGGUCCUCAACCAACCUGUGUUCUUCAUCCACCCCUGCCGUACAGCAGAAGUCAUGGAGGCCAGUCUGGGAGGAAGAGAGAUACCGUCGUUUGAGUACUUACUGAUGUGGAUUGGGGCUAUGGGCAAGACUGUUGGGUUGGAUGUGCAGAUUGAGCUCGUUUUAAUGGCAAAGGAAUUGAUAGAAAAUACCUAGCGGGACAACUGCACCAUUUGCAAAGAUCGGUAGCAUCAGGUUUAUCCUUUGCGGAAUUUUCAGUCUGCUCGUGUGAUAUUGUACCUCUAGGCAAAAGACCUGUGUCAUAUAACUCACAACAGUCAAGGAACACCGUGCC